AUGAGUCCGACGCAGAGAAUGCUCAGGUCGCUGGUUGAGCGGAGUGUCUCCGGCGAUGCCGACUCCGUGAAAACCACCUUUUCCAGCUGGGACAAUUGCAUGGCCAAGGCGUAUUGCAAAUGGCCCGUCAUUGCCGGUAUCAUCAUCGGGUCCAUCAUCAUCCUCUCCAUAGCAGGCUGCUUGAUUAGUUGUCUGUGUUGCGGAUAUCAGUGUUGUAAGGGCUGCUGUGGCUGCUGCUAUCGCUGUUGCGAUUGCGGCGGCUCGAAACACAACAGAAAAAGAGACAAUUAUGCCGAUCAAUCGCCCUUCUACCAGCAGCCUCCGCCGCCGCAACCCAUGAACUAUGGAUACCAACACCCUGUCGCGUCGCCCGCACCUCCAGCGUACCGCGGCCCAAGAACAGCUACAUUCGAUCAGCCCAAGGCCGUCGCCUCCGUCAAUGAAGAUAAACUCCCCAAUAUGCCCACAUGGGCCGAUGCUCAGACAAGGCGAGUCGAGGAUCAUAGUCCCGUACACGAAGCAGUCGAGAUGGAUGACUUGGAGGCACGCGACCACCACGACAACCCUUACCAUGAGAGUCCCUACCAUGACAACAUUUCACCAGCAGCAGGCUUCAUGUCUCGCGGAGGAUACACAGAGGUUCCCGGUACAGCUGCCAGCCCUCAUCCAAGUCCUGGAAUGUACGACAACCACCACGAUGCCUAUCUUCGCGAUGGAUACUCCACGAACAGCGGCGGUCUCCGCGUGACAAAUGCUUCAUACCACGACCUCGGCGAUUCAGAAUACCCCAACCAUCAACCCCAUUCCCCAAUCUCUUCUCCUUCAUCUGCCCCUUACGGCCCGGCCGCAGUCACCGCCGCUGCGUUCCCUCGUACUCCAUCCCCAGCUACUCACGCUGCCCGGCCACCCGCCCGCAUAUCGCCAGCAUCAUAUCGCGGCUUUGAGAACCAGCCUCCUCCAAAAGGGGCCCCCAAUUUCAGCGGCCUCAGAGCAUAUGACCAAAGCCCCACGUCGCCGCGGUCACCCACUAGUCCGUCGGGAUUUUCACCAUACGAACAGCACAUGUCGCGCAGUCCCCCACCACAAACAGUCUCCCAUCCGACAGCACCAUCCUACGGCCAAUAUAGGGCUUUCUCGCCAUCCAUCCCAUCAUCAACACCCCCGCCUCCAUUCUCUGAAACCGCGCCGGAUCAUCACGCACAGGCACAAGGGGGUGAUCGGCCUCCGAGUCUGUUAAUGGCCGGCCGACGACCUGCGCCAGGCUCAUACAAAGCCGUUUAA